GUUUGGACCACAAGCCAUGUGGAUGGCUUCCAGCGUGGCUUUGUGGGAGCAGGCAUUGCUGUCCGUAGCUCGGGCGUUGACCUUCUUGCGGGACAGAUGGAGCGCUGCAAGUCCGAUCAGGUUCUUCUUCACGGGUGGUACGCUGUUGGCCCUUUUGCGCUACGGCACUGUGACCUGGGAUGCUGGAGAAGGCAAAAUCGACUUCGUUGAUAAGGAUGUGGACGUCCUCAUUCUGGCAGACUCGCCGCUCGAGUGGUGGAAGGCCAUAGCGGCCCUCACGGCUGAACUCGAGAAUGACGGCUGGACAGGCUGCUCCUUGCUCAUGCGCGAGUCGUCAACCCUGCCACAUGAACUGGAGGUUUCGCAGCUUGCUCGGAGCAAGGGGGCCAACCUUUUCUCCCGCGGUGUGGCCGAGCUGGCUUGCGCCUUGGUGGGUAAAGAUUCUCGAACUCUGCGACCUGCCCUGGUCCCUUUCAAUGCAGUUUGGGUGCAGGCCUUCGAGUUUGACAAACUGGAGCGCGGCCGCCGUUGGUAUCGCCAAGUGCCCUUUCUGUCGACAGCUGCCUCAGUGCUGGCAUCCAGCCCAGCCUGCUCACCAGCAGAUGGACAGUGCGUCCUGCUGGGAGGAUUCCCUUUCCAGGCAUGGAGAGGCGCAUUGCCGGUGAGUGUCCUCCUACCGGAUUCCAGUUGUGUCUUCGUCCCGGAGGAGCAGCUUGGCGGGGCCAGCCUUGCAGCAGACCUGUCGAACUGUACUUUCAGUGCCGAUGGCAGCUAUCAGGUGUCAUUCUCAAUGUUCAAGGGCUCCUUGAACCACGAAGCCGACUGUCCCCCCAAGCUGCACCUGGGCAACACAGUGGACUGGCGAAGUCCACCGGACUGUCCCGACCGAGUGCAGGAGUACAAUGAUCGGAUGCUCUCCAACCUUAGCUAUGUUUGGCAUCCGCAUGGCUAUCAACUUCAUCGAGCACAUUCUUCUGCCUUGGGGCUGGGUGGUGGCGGCGAAGAAAAGGCUGGCAUCACAGAUCUGUCUGUGCCCCAGGCACCGGACGUCCAUCCGAUCAUUCUGGCGGUGGAGGCCCUUGCCAAAAGACUGGGGGAGCCAAAGUUCAAGCAGAUGCUUCGUGAGGUCUUCUUUGGAGGCGAGGCAAGGAUAAAGCUGCUCACAGCCUGGUUUACAGCCAAGAAGAACGAGGGAGCGUGCUUCGCCAUCAUAACUGCCGGCGUGGCCAGCUCUGUGUCCAUGGCCCUAGAAGCCGUUCCAGAGUGGGACGACUUCUUUCCAACAGACUUGGUUCUGGAUGUUGGAGCAUGCCGGCACCAGGUGAUGUCCGUGACCGGACAGAAGUCACUGAUGCUGCGAGACCUGCGUCCCACCAUCCCAAGGAUUCUCCUGGUAGACGAUUCUCUUGGCGAGGACCCUCCUCCUGCAUGGGUGUUGCGUCGCAGCCAGGUGAUCCCCGUUGCGUUGCCUUACGAGGGUCAGGGUCUCGACGAUGAGUCCCUAGCACGAGUCGACGUGGCGCUGCUGGGCGCUUGA